AUGUCUAAUCCAUCUAUUGUUUUAAACGAAGAUGGAACAUCUUCAUCGACACAACCUUUGCCAAUAGAAAAGCAAACUGAUCAAUCCAACAAUUUAGAUUUGGCAUUGAUUGGAAAUUGUGCAUUUGGUGCAUUGAUUGACAAAAAAUCAAAUAUUAAAUGGUGUUGUAUUCCUCGUUUCGAUGCUGAUCCUAUUUUUUGUUCCUUAGUUAGAAAGACAAAUGAUAUAGGAUUUUACGAUGUUGUGAUUGAAAAUUUUGCAUUCAGUGAACAAUCAUAUGUAAAGAAUACUGCUAUUCUUACUACAAAAUUAUACAAUAAUAGUGGAGGAUAUGUAGAGAUCAUCGACUUUGCACCGAGAUUCAACAUGUUUGGCAGACCAUACCGUCCAUCCAUGUUGAUUCGUAUCAUCAAACCAGUUGGUAGUUGUAGAAUCAAAGUUAGAUUAAGACCAACUUUUGGAUAUGGAUGGGGAUCUCCAGAGAAAACAAGAGGUACUAACCAUAUAAGAUACUUGUUACCAUCCAUGGUAAUGAGAUUGACUACCAAUGCACCUAUCUCCUACAUCGUAGAUGAAGUCCUCUUUGAGAUCGAUGAGACUCUAUACUUUGUGUUUAUGGCAGAUGAAAGUUUGAGAGAAUCACUUUCAGAGAUGACAACCACCUAUCUCGAUAAAACUAUUGAGUAUUGGCAUGAAUAUACAAAGAGUUUGGCUAUUCCUAUUGAAUGGCAAACACAAGUGUUAAGAGCGUGUAUAACUGUUAAACUGUGCCAAUUUGAAGAGUCAGGUGCUAUCAUUGCGUCGAUCACCACAUCCAUUCCAGAGUCUGCUACCAAAGAAGGAUAUGAUCUUAGAUUUUGUUGGAUUAGAGAUACUGCUUACAUUAUCCAUACUUUUAAUAAACUUGGUAAUACAAAGAUGAUGGAGGAUUUCCUUACCUAUCUCUCAAAUAUUGUUGCUGGAUCGCAAGAGAAUGGAGGAUUCUUACAACCAGUUUACGGUAUAUCUCUAGAAACAAAAUUGUAUGAAAAGUCAAUGUACAGAUUGGCAGGCUACAGAGGUUUGGGACCAGUGAAGAUCGGUACACGUGAUUAUAAACUGGUUCAGAAUGAUGUUUACGGUCAUUUGAUUCUCUCGAGUAUUCAAAUGUUCUUUGAUCAACGUUUACAAAAACCUGGUGAUAUAAACCUAUUCAAGAGACUUGAAGGACUUGGUAUUCAAGCUUACACAAACUAUAACAAACCAGAUAGUGGUCCAUACGGUGAUGGUUGUGUAGAGGACGGUAAGAUAUUUACCUAUUCGAGUGUUAUGUGCUGGGCUGGUUGUGACCGUUUGAGUAAGAUUGCCAAUGCACUAAAGUUGGCGGAUCGUUCUAUCUUUUGGAAGGAGGCCGCCGAGAAAAUCAAGCACGAAAUCAUGGAGAAUUGUGUUAACAAGGAGCACAAUUGCUUUACUACCUUCUGGGGAGGCAACAGCGUGGAUCCAUAUCUCUUGACACUUGCAGAUUGUGGCUUCUCGGCGUACGAAGAUGAAAUAUUCAAGAACACCGUGCAAAAGAUUGAAACCACUCUUCGUAAAGGCAAUUACAUCAUGGAUAUUCACGCAGCCAAUCCAAACAAUGCCAAGGUAGCUCAGACCAUCAUGUUCCUCAUUACGAUUGCCAAGUUGGGUAGAAAGCAAGAGGCAAGAGAGAUGUUUGAGAAUAUACUCAACGAUUGUACAUCGCUUGGUUUAAUCAGUCAAGACAUCAAUUUGGAGACCAAAGAGAUUUGGGGUAACUUCCCCAAGACUACCGCAAUGGUUUCGAUCAUUGCCGCUGCACUGAACUUGAGUAACUCUUGGGAUUCACAAAUCUAA